AUGAAGAGCAAGCACUGUAUUUGGGUUGAAGAUCGACAAGUAAAAGAGGCCAAUUUUUCUUCUUUUUUUGAGCAAAGCCAACUCAAAAGAUGCUUGGGAGACAAAUCAUUAGGGCACAAUUGGAAAAAACUUGAAAAGGAAGUUGAAAUUUUCAGGGAGAGAAUUGAAGACAUGGAAAUGAAGAGAGAGCAAAGCAAUGAGAUUUUGUCUAAAUGCUUGGAGUCUCUUUCAUCAACAAAUGUGAGCUUGGAAAGGAUCAUAAAAAAUGUGGCUGUAGAAAAAACUGAUGAUGAUGAUGAUGGCAAGUUCAUUAAAGGCAUAGAAAAGAGUGAUUCAAUGCGUUUGGAAUUGGAAUUGACUGAAGAGCUAUUGGUAGUUACAAGACUUGCUUCUGAGGCUGAAGAAAAGGUGAAUGAGUACAAAGAAUUGAGGAAGAAGGAGAAGAGGGAGUUGGAGAAUAGUGUGGUGAGUUUGACAGAGGAGAAUAGAGAUACCAACAGUUUGCUGAGAGCAGCCUUGUUGGAGAAGGAAGCUGUGGAGAAGUGGUUGAAGGUGAAUAGCGAGCAGAAGAGAGUUGCCCUUUUGCAGAUUGCGGAGCGAGGUUUGCAGAGAGUUGGUUUUGGGUUUAUGAUGGGAAGUGGGAACACUGAGCAAUCACUAGAGAGUUUUUCAGGAACCAAGUCAGAUAGCAGUGAGUGUGAAGAGGAGGUAGUAAGCCUGGCAUCAACUGUGGAGAGGAUAAUGAAGAAUUUACGGCUUGAGAUAACUAAGUUGAGGCGAUCUUUGGAAGAAUCCAGGUCAGACACCGAGCGAUUGCAGAGUCUUACAGAGAAACAAGCUCAAUUAUUGAAGAAAACAGUUAUAUUCAAUAGGACAAAGCAAUCUGAGACCCUUGGAGGUCAGUACGAGACAUUGUCUUGUAUUCCUCCAAAGGAGAAGGAGUUCUGA